AUGGUUCUCAUACGAUUGCACCCGGCCUUGAUAAAGAUUACAAUACAUCAUGGUGGAUUUUUUACAGAGUUACUAGGAAGAAAGUACGUUGAGGGAAAGUUGGCAUUCUUUGACGUUAUAGACACUGAUCUUUUUUCAGUUCAUGGCCUAAAUGACAUGAUUUGUGAGAUAGGGUAUUAUGCAGAUGAAACAAUGUACUAUCAUUAUAGAAUUCCUAAUCUAGACCUAAAUUUUGGAUUGAAGGCUCUAGGAAAUGAUCAAGGUGUUAUAUAUAUGGCUCAAUAUGUCCCUCAAAACAAAGUGCUUAAUGUGUAUGUUGAACAUGGUUCUAUAAGACUUCACACUUACUUUAUCUCCCCAAGUAAAUUUGUUAUUGAGCAACUUAAUGGUGAUCCUUCUCCUGAACUUAACAGGAUUAGGCCUAAGAAGAAGGGAAUUGGUUCAUGUAGCAAGAAAUUAGACAUGAAUGUCCCACUUACAGAAUAUGCUAAUCAAGCACAUAUAGAUGAUGGUGUGUAUGAUUUUUCUAUGUCCCUAGUUCCUUUUUAG